AACCACCAAAUGUCAAGAUGGUUCCAUUCCAAAUUUUCCAACGAGUAGACUAGUUCUUGAGGCUGUUCCUUCUAGAUCUACAUGCAUUGCCAAUAUCAAAUUGUCUAACAUCACACACAAAAAAAGAGGAUAGUAAGAGUAUGAAUAUUGAAUAAUACCAAACUAGCGUUGUUCAUUUUAUAAUUCAUACACUUAAUCACUUACUAUUCCAACGCUUGUGCUGGGCGCGCAACAUGUUUCUCUCAAACAAGCAUGUUGAUGUUACCUUUCUUCUGUUCCUAUUUAUGUUUGAAAUUGGAUCAUCUUCAGCAGCACCCGUUUACAACGCUAAUUACUGCCCAAACAACACAUCGUACAAUUCCAACGUAACAUUCCAAACCAAUCUCAGAGUCCUCCUCGCAUCCCUCGUCUCCAACGUGUCCCAAUCUGACGGUUCCUAUAACUCCGCCAUGGGAAUGGGGACCACAAGCGUCGCCAGCGGCCAAUUCCUCUGCCGCGGCGACGUCUCCCCCGCCACGUGUCAAGAUUGCAUCGCCAGCGCCGCCACGGAAAUAACGCGACUCUGCCCCAACAAAACAGAGUCCAUAAUAUGGUACGACGAGUGCACGCUCCGUUUCACCAACCGCUACUUCGCCCCCACCAGCAUCGACCCGGGAGCGAGGUUGUCGGACGACAAGAACAUCUCUGCCUCCGACUUGGACAGUUUCAACCAGACGUUGUUCGGUUUGUUGAACGAAUUGGUGGAAGAAGCUGCGAAUUCUCAGUCAGCGAGGAAAUUCGCCACCGGCGAAAGCGAAUUCGCCGGGUCCUCGCCGGAGAGAACGGUGUAUGCCCUGACGGAGUGCGAGCCGAGCCUAACUAUUGCUCAGUGUGAAGAGUGUUUGCAAAACGCCGUUUCGACUCUUCCGUCGUGUUGCGGAGGAAAACAAGGCGCCAGGGCUCUGCUUGCGUGGUGCAAUGUUAGAUACGAGUUGUUUCAGUUUUACAAUACUAGCGGCUCGUCAGCACCGUCAUCAGGAAAUAAGAAAUCUGUAGCACGAGUAGUCUUGAUUGUUGUCCUUGUUGUUUUGUCGAUAAUUCUCUUAUGUGGUGUCUGCUAUUUCAUAUUGAAAAGAUCAAAGAAGAAAUCCAACACUCUUCUAAGGGAAAAUUUUGGGGAAGAAAGUGACACUUUGGAGUCUUUACAAUUUGGGUUGCCCACAGUUGAAGCUGCCACAAAGAAGUUUUCACAUGAAAACAGAAUAGGUGAAGGUGGAUUUGGAGAGGUUUACAAGGGUAUUCUUCCAGAUGGACGAGAAAUAGCAGUUAAAAAACUCUCACAAAGUUCCGGACAAGGUGCAACAGAAUUUAAGAAUGAGAUUUUAUUGAUAGCAAAACUUCAACAUAGAAAUUUAGUGACAUUAUUAGGAUUUUGUUUGGAAGAACAAGAGAAAAUGCUCAUUUAUGAAUUCGUGUCCAAUAAAAGUCUUGACUACUUUUUAUUUGAUCCCCGUAAGAGUUGUGAAUUGGAUUGGACAACACGCUACAAAAUUAUUGAAGGAAUUACACAUGGAAUUUUAUAUCUACAUGAACAUUCACGGUUAAAAGUUAUACAUCGUGAUCUUAAACCUAGUAAUGUAUUAUUGGAUAGCAUAAUGAAUCCAAAGAUUUCAGACUUUGGAAUGGCAAGGAUUGUUGCAAUAGAUCAACAUCAAGAAAAAACAAAUAGAAUUGUGGGAACAUAUGGUUAUAUGUCUCCGGAAUAUGCAAUGCAUGGACAAUUUUCAGAAAAAUCAGAUGUUUUUAGUUUUGGAGUUAUAGUUUUGGAGAUAAUUAGUGCAAAAAGGAAUACUCGUUCUGUUUUUUCGGAUCAUGAUGACCUCUUGAGUUAUGCUUGGGAACAAUGGAGGGAUCAAACGCCAUUAAACAUAUUAGACCAAAAUAUAAAGGAAUCUUGCAAUCAUAGGGAAGUCAUUAAAUGCAUUCAAAUUGGUUUAUUAUGUGUACAAGAGAAGCCAGAAGAUAGACCUACCAUGACACAAGUUGUUUCAUAUCUCAAUAAUUCUUUAGUUGAGUUGCCAUUUCCAAGAAAACCAAUCAAUUCUAAACAAAAUGAAAUAGUUCAAAAGAUGAUAGUAGGAGAAUCAAGCUCAGGUUCAGCACUAUCAAAUAAUGGAAUGUCUGUCUCCGUACUUAGACAGCUUUGGAAUUCUCAUCACUCACACAGCGUUGUCCAACCUAGAAAGAGGCCAUUGGGUGGUAUGACAAUUGCAUGCUACGCUACUCAAAUCGCUCAAUAUUCGAGACCAUGGAACCUGACUCUACGUACUUUCUGUGGAUUUAACAAUGCAACUGAUAUGGAUCAGUUCAAUGAGGGUCUUAGGGGCAUAGUGGAUGGUCUCAGAAGCAAAGCUGCAUCUGGUAAUUCCCUUAAGAAGUAUGCUGCAGGAAGCGCAGCUGGUCCAAGCUUUCAAGCAGAAUUUUCUCGUUAGCCAUCAUGCUUUUACUGAUUUGGUGCUGUUAAUCAAUCUUAAAUCACCUUUUAAUAACUUAUAUUGAUUAAACUCUUUUCCCACCUGUGGCUGAAAUUGACGAUGAAAUUGAACCAAUUGAGACAUUGCAAUUCAACUUUGACAUCAUCAGAAUGGCUACAUUUUACAAGGGUAAGCUUUCCAAUGGCCAAGAAGUUGCGGUCAAAAGAUUAUCUAUGAAUUCAGGACAAGGAGAUGUAGAAUUUAAAAAAGAAGUGCAGUUAGUGGCCAAGCUACAGCACCGAAAUUGAGUCAAACUACUUGGUUUUAGUUUGGAAAGAAAAGAAAGGUUACUGGUCUACGAGUUUAUUCCCAAUAAAAAGCCUUGAUUACUUCAUAUUUGUAGAUCCAAUUAAGCGUGCACAUUUAGACUUGGAAAGGCGGUAUAAAAUCAUAGGAGGCAUUGCUAAAGGUCUUCUUUAUCUUCAUGAAGAUUCGAGACUACGGAUUAUGCAUCGUGAUCUCAAAAAAAGCAACAUUCUGUUGGAUGCGGAAAUGAAUCCUAAGAUAUGAUAUUGGAUUUUGGCAUGGCAAGAUUGUAUCUUGUGGAUCAGACUCAAGCAAACACAAGUAGAAUUGUCGUAACUCAGUGACUGAUAUAGGGCACCCGAAUAUAUAAGGCAAGGACAAUUCUCUGUGAAGUAAGAUGUUUUCAGUUUUGGUGUACUGGUUCUAGAGAUAGUAAGUGGCCAGAAAAAUAGCGGCUUUCAACAUGGAGACCAUUGUAGAGAAUCUAAUAAGCUUUGCCUGGAAAAACUGUAGGGAGGGAACAGCACCAAAUCUCAUAGACACCACAUUGAACAAGUUCAAGAAACGAAAUGAUGAGAUGCAUCCACAUUGGUUUACUGUGUGUUCAGGGAAAUUUAGCUGACAGACCAAGCAUGGCUUCUGUUGUACUCACGCUUAAUAGCUACUCUCACACACUCCCUGUGCCUUCAGAGCUUGCCUUUUUUUAUACACAGGAGAGACUUGUCAGAUAUUCAAUCGUGGGAGUAUAGUUCAUCAGGCGCAACAGAAUCGAAAAGCAAAUCUGUCAAAGCAUGCUCUAGUGAGGAAUCAACAUGAGCUUUUACCCUCGAUAGAAUUUAGUGAUACAUUACAGUCUUACAACUGACAUUUUUUCUUUUUCUUUUACCGGAGGAUAGUAACAAAUUGGCCAUUUUCCCAUCUAGUAUGUAUAUUUUCCAUCUACAUCCUGAAUUUAUUUUUAAGUUGUUGAGUUUUGGCAUUUGUUUGUUGCUCUGAUGAUGACAUGUUAGUUAAUAAGUAAUAGCUACCUACCGUUGAUGUUACCCUUGUACUAUAGAAACCUAUUAGAUUGUGUGGGCAUUGGCCGUUGUGUAUAUAUCGAACUUAGAAUGAAGAAAUUUUUUUAUA